AUGGCCCUAGAGGCGGUCGCGGGUGCCGUCGUCGAAGUUCUUGAGAACGGUGGCCUUGUGGCCGGUGUAGCGGCCCUGGAGGAGUAUCAUCGCCUUGUUCGCCUUGAUGAAUUUCACCAUUUUUCUUUUCGCUUUGGUGGAGGCGCCUGCGCUGCUGUUGAGCUCUGUGUGGCAGUGUUAAUGGAAAAAGUAGGUAUAACUCCAUCCACGUCCGAGGCUGGGAAAGGCAAGAGCAAGAUGUCAAAGUACAUCACUCACGGUUAUCAUCUUGUAGAGGGAAAAUCGAGCCACCCCAUGGAAGAUUACGUUUUUGCCCAAUUCAAAGAAGUCGGGGACAACGAGCUAGGCCUUUUCGCGAUAUUUGAUGGCCAUUUGAGCCGCGAACCCGAUUUUUGGACUGCCACGGAGAAUGCUAUAAGGAGAGCAUACCGAAUAACAGAUAGCACGAUACUCGAGAAGGCGAAGGAUCUUGGGAAGGGAGGCUCGACAGCUGUCACGGCCAUAUUAAUCAAUUGCCACAAGCUCGUGGUUGCGAAUGUCGGUGACUCUCGUGCAGUGAUAUGCAGAAAUGGUGUGGCUAAGCAGCUGUCGGUCGAUCACGAGCCCGAAAAGGAAAGGGAGACCAUCGAGAACAAAGGUGGAUUCGUGACUAGGUUUCCCGGAGACGUGUCACGCGUGGACGGACAACUGGCGGUAGCAAGAGCAUUUGGUGACAAGAGUUUGAAGGAACAUCUGAGUUCGGAACCUGAUGUGGCAGUCGAUGUUAUAGACGAUGACACUGAAUUUAUGAUCUUGGCUAGUGAUGGCAUUUGGAAGGUUAUGACGAAUCAAGAGGCAGUCGAUUGCGUAAAAAACAUCAAAGAUGCAAGAAAGGCGGCCAAACGACUUAAUGAUGAGGCACUCGCAAGGCACAGCAAGGAUGAUAUUUCGUGUAUUAUCGUGAGGUUCGGGUAGAUAAACUAAUUAGGAGUAAAUUUCUUGAUUGAAAUUUUAGUCCUUUGGAAAACUGUGUUUGUGUAGACCCUUUUUCUUUUGCUCAAUUUGUGUUGGGAUUUGUUUGUUUUGUCAAACCUUUUAUAUUUCUGUAGCACAUUUGGUUUUUCUUGAUAAAAACAGAAAUUUGGC